AAUGCAAGCCAUUUUAUUGGUAUUACAACACUUUAAUUGGAGAAAAGUUUCUAUUAUUCACGAAAGUGAUAUGCCUUAUGAUCUAACAAUGAAUUUACUUCGUAGAAUGAUACGUUUAGAUAAUAUGACAUUGAUAACAACUGAAUCUUUUAGAAAUUCGGCAAUUGAUAAUUUAAUGAAUAUUAAGAAAAAAAAUGGUAGAAUAAUGGUCUUUUUCGGCAAUGAACACCAUGCUAGAAUAGUACUUUGCGAAGCCUAUACUCUAAAUAUGGUUGGUCCUGGUUACCAAUGGAUUAUACCUGGAUUUUAUGAACCUGGAUGGCAAAAUUUAAGAACUACUGAUUGCCAACCUGAAAUUAUUUGGAAAGCUUUAGAAUUAACGUUAACUGUCUCUGACGUAAAAAGAGAGGAUGAUGGCAUCGUUACUGUUUCUGGACAGACUUAUAACCAAUAUUUGAAAAGAUAUACAAUGUGGCCAACUGUAAGCCGAUUUGGUACAAGCCUCUAUCAUGCCAACGCUUAUGACGCUGUUUGGGCAAUAGCGUUAAGUUUAAACGCCUCUGAGGAUGUUCUAAAGAAUCAGACUAUUCCAGUAAAAAUUGGAGAUGAUAAGGUUCUGCGACCUUUAACUUUAAAGGACUUUACUUAUUUCUUCAAUUCGGAAUUUCAUGAAGUGCUAUUGAAUAGUAUGAAAAAAACGUCCUUCAGGGGAGUUAGCGGCCAUGUAAGCUUUACCAAGAGCGGAAAUAGGCAAAGCAAUCUGCUUAUCCAUCAAUUCCAGGACCAAAUACCUAAAGAAUAUGCUGUUAUAAAGAAUGAUACGGUAGCAAUUAAGGUCUUGGGUGAAAUAAAAUGGCCAAACAAUGUUAGAGUAACUGAUGAACCAAAACCCGUCAAGGUGUUUGUAUAUUUGAACAAAAAGAUUAUUAUUGUUGUAUUCACACUAAGUGUUGUGGGAAUAGCAAUGGCAUUGGGCUUUCUUUUCUUCAAUAUCGCUUUCAGGAAUCAUGCGCACAUAAAAAUGUCUUCGCCUAGAUUAAACAAUUUAAUUACUUUUGGAUGUAUCUUGUGCUACGCCAGCGCUAUACUAUUUGGUCUAGACGGCCGUUAUCUAACCCAUACGCUUGCUACUAGAAUCUGCUUAAUAAGGGUCUGGGCUAUAUUUACGGGUUUUACAUUUGCAUUCGCCCCUAUGUUUGCUAAAACUUGGCGUGUUCACGCCAUCUUUACAAAGAUGAUACCGAGACAAAAGCAACCUCUUAAAGAUUUUCACCUUAUAACUUCUGUUCUACUAUUUUGGAUGAUAGACGUUAUCAUACUAGUGAUUUGGACCAUUAUAAAUCCAUUUAGAUUAGUGGAAAUAACUUUUAGAAAUCCAAAAGUAUAG